AUGGCGGCGGUCGAGCCCGAGUGGGAGCCGGCGGGGCUGUUGCCCGCCCCGGGCGGCGGCCUGGACUGGGAGGCGGUGCUGGGCGAGGAGCUGAGCGAGCUGCUGGGCGCCGCGGCCCCCAAGGACGAGCCCGACGAGAAUGAUCUCUAUAACUUUCACUUUGAUUUGGAUUUGAUGUCUUGGGACUCGGAUCUUUGGAAUAUUACAGGCCAUGCCUAUGCAGAUGCCAACGUGAAGACAGAACCUUUGUCACCAGCCACUUCCAGCUGCUCGGUCCCUUCACCACCAUCUGUGGACUCUCCAAUGCAGAAUGUGCCAGUAUGCAAACCCCCCAUGGAGCACAGACAGCAGCAGCUCUUGCCUCUUGGUCCAAUUCUGACUAUUUUUCCUUUCCUAGCAAAUAAUUCUGCGAGGAGCCUGAAGAAGUGUGGUCAGACAGUGUCCAGGCCUUUGCUACAACCCAAACCCCUUUUGCCUGCUGUGCCUGAAGCUCAGGCUAACAUUGGCAUCCCAGCUAAAACCAUCAUUAUUCAGACUCUGCCCACGCUUGUGCCACUGCCAAAGAAUCAGCCAGUUGUUAACAUCCAGCCAGCUCCUCCUAAAGGUCCCUCGGUGGUGCUGCCCCAGCCAGCAGUGGUACAGCUCCAGGCUUCUGGGGUGCUUCCUGCCUCCCAGCCAGUGAUUGCAGUGGCUGGAGGAGCCCCAGCUCUGCAGAGCCAGGCGGUGAAGGCUCUGUCUGCAGCUGCUGGGGGCGGCUCCAGCAGCGCCAAAGUGACGGUGACAAAGCCCCUGCUGCAGAGCAGCGCCCCAGCCACGGGGCUGGAUGUCAAUGUCUUGAGGCGGCAGCAGCGCAUGAUCAAAAACCGUGAGUCAGCCUUCCAGUCACGCAAGAAAAAGAAGGAAUACAUGUUGGGACUGGAGGCCAGGCUGGAGGCAGCCCUGCUGGAGAAUGAGAAACUCAAGAAAGAAAACAGCACGCUGAAGAGGCAGCUGGAUGAAGUGGUAUUAGAGAACCAGAAGCUCAAAGUAUCAUCUCCAAAGAGAAGGACACUGUGUGUGAUGGUGAUACUGGCCUUUAUCAUGUUGAAUUAUGGUCCACUGAGUGUAUUUGAAAAGGAUGCCGGUGGAGCAGAUUCCACUGUGAGUUCUAACCACCGCACCAGAAAUCUCCUGGAGUUCUCAGCUGGCCAGGAGUCCAGCACAGCCCAGGAGGUGCCUGAGGGCAUCGUUUCUGAGGAGAGUAACAGGUAUGACCGUUCUGUGUCUGAUAACAAAGCACUAAUGAUAGUCUCAGAAGAACCACUGUUAUACAUUUCACCACCACAACCCCCCUGCCGGCCUCUGAUCAACAGGACAGAGUCCCUGAGGCUGACCCACGAGUUGCGGGGAUGGGUGCACAGGCACGAGGUGGAGCGCACGCGGUCCCGGCGCCUCAGCAACAGCCAGCAGCAGCACAGAGCACGGGUGCCACAGAGCUCCCUCAGUGACAAGACAGAUUCCCAGCUAAUGGCCAUGCCUUACAGAGACACCAGUCUCAGCAGGAACUCAGGGAAUGAGCUGCAAGUGUAUUAUGCCUCUCCCAGGAGCUACCAAGACUUCUUUGAAGCAAUUCACCGGAGGGAGGACACGUUCUACGUGGUGUCAUUCCGCAGAGACCACCUGUUACUGCCAGCCACCACACACAACAAGACCAGGAGACCAAAGAUGUCUAUAGUGCUGCCAGCUGUAAACAUCAAUGAGAACGUGAUCAAUGGGCAGGACUACGAGGUGAUGAUGCAGAUUGACUGCGAGGUGAUGGACACCAGGAUCCUGCACAUCAAGAGCUCAUCUGUCCCUCCCUACCUGCGGGAGCAGCGCAGGAAUCACAGCCACCCCUUCUACAGCUCGUCCCCCUCGGUCCCAGAGACCCCCCACGCCCUCAGGGCCAUUGUCAAGUCCCUGCAGUAGCUCCUGGGACAGCUCAGGGAGCAGCCGGCAUGCAGCAGGUCCUGCUGCCAGCCUGAGCCCUUCCCUGGCACUCCUGGGGCUCCUGGCCCGUGGGCACAGCAGGGACAGUCCCCUUGAGCCCAUUGCUGGGCCUGACCCUACCCAGCGGCCCCAUCCUGCCCAGGAUUGUGCAGCUCAGCUGGCUCCUGGCCAGGGACAGUCCUGGGGACCCCACACAGCGUGGGGGACAGGGGCCAUCCCUGCCACUUCUGCACUGUCCAGAACUGGGGUUGUUCUGCAUUUUUGUCCCUGUUGGGCUGCCAGAGGUGGGCUGAUGAGCCAGAGACGUGGCAGCAGACGCCCACACUUGGGGUCACACCCUGCAGUGUGCCUGGGCAGCAGGAGGAGGCUGUGCCCAGCUGCAGGUGCUGGGCCUCACCAGGCAGCCCCAGUCCACACCAUUCCCUGCCCAAAUCCUGCCUGCACAGCCUCCCUCAGCAGGAAGCCCUGGCAUGCAGCAGUGGUGGGGUAGCCCAGCCCCCCAGGAGGGUGCUGGGACCCCCCACUCACCCCUAAAGCACUACAGGCAGAACAGCCCCAGUGCCCCGGGGCUGGGCUGCCACUGAGGCACUGCCCACCCCGCACCUGCCUGGCUCUCCAGGGUCCUGCUGCUGCCUUCCCCAGCCCACAGGGCUGCACAAAAGGCUUGGCCCAAAGGAAGUGAUUUCAUGCAGCAGAUGCAUUUGUAAAGUUUGGGUUUUUUGAGUUUGUUUGUUUUGUUUUCUUCCUGGUUUUUGUUUGCGUGGGUUUUUUGUGCGUGCUAUUUAAUACUCUUCACUGCUAACAGCAGCCCAUGGAGCAGCACUGGCCCUGCUGGGGCAGAGGGGCUGCUUCAGUUCCGUGGGGCACAGCCACAAGCACCUUCUCCUGAAGCCACACACAGGUCACACACAGCCCCACUCUCUCCCUGUCCUGCCAGCACUGACAGCCACCCGCCGGGCACUGGGGAAUGGCCCCUUUACCCCAAACACUGGCUGAGCCAACUGCUGCCAUCCCAGAGUGUCUGUGAGCUCUGCCACUGAUCCCACAUCUCUCAGCCGAGCCCCAGGCCCCAGAGCUGGGCUCAGGAGCUGCAGCGCACCGGAGCAUAAUGACAGCCUUGCAUAAUGACUUCAGCAUGUUGUUACAUUAUUUUUUUCUCCCCUGUGCAGUUCACAGAGAAGAUGAUGAGCUCCAGCUUGCCAGCCAGCUGCCUUCAUGGUCUGAGUGCUAACUGGCUCAUGUGGGGUUUUUAAUUAUUAAUUAGUAGUAUUAUUAUUGGUGUAUGUGUGUGGCUGUUAGGAAAUGAAGGUCAAUGCCACAGCAAGACAAAAAGAGCUCCAGGGGCAGUGAGGAGGAGGAGGAUGAGGAGCAGUACACCCCUGUGAAGAAUGUGCCUUGCAACACCACCAAGAGCUAUGCCCUUUGCCACGUCCCCGUCCCUGCUGGGAAGGAGCCGGGCUUGGCUCUGCUCACACCAGUUCAUUUUCCUGGCCCAGCCCCACCUGACUGUGGGCCAGCUCACAACAGGCAGGAGUGAAAACCCCAGCAGUGCCCCAGGCAGAGACACACGGCUCCCU